AUGGAUUCAGAGAAUCUCACGUGGGUAUCAGAAUUUGUCUUCCUGGGUCUCUCACAGACUCGAGAGCUUCAGCGAUUUCUGUUUUUAGUCUUCCUGUUUGUCUAUAUCACAACUGUGGUGGGAAAUCUCCUCAUUGUGGUCACAGUGACCUCUGACUCCCGGCUCCACACACCCAUGUACUUUCUGCUUCGAAACCUGGCUAUCUUAGACCUGAGUUUCUCUUCAGUCACUGCCCCAAAGAUGCUGGUUGACUUACUUUCUGAGAACAAGACCAUCUCCUACCAGGGCUGCCUAGCCCAGAUCUUCUUCUUCCACUUUCUGGGAGGUGCCAUGAUCUUCUUCCUCUCAGUGAUGGCCUAUGACCGCCUUGUUGCCAUCUCCCGGCCCCUCCACUAUGUCACCAUCAUGAACCCUCAGCUCUGUGUGGGGCUAGUGGUGGCUGCCUGGAUUGGAGGUUUCCUUCAUUCCAUUUCCCAAGUGGUUCUGAUGCUCCCACUCCCUUUCUGUGGCCCCAACGUGCUGGAUAACUUCUACUGUGAUGUUCCUCAAGCUGUGUCCAUCAGCCACACAGUCAUGACGCCCAUGCUCAACCCCAUGAUCUACACUCUGAGGAACCAGGAGAUGCAGGCAGCAGUGAAGAGAUUAGGGAAGCGCUGGUUGGUUUGUAAAAAGGAGUGA